UUUUUCCAAAACCAAACCGACUCGGCUUUGUAUAAUUACCUAGCGAGGCUUUAUAAACCACUUUAUCAAUUUUUGCUGAAACACAAGCCAUCAGUUCAUUAGAUUGAGAGGAUCAUUCUUCUUCUAACAGGUCUUUAUGGCCGAUUACAGAGAAAUCGGAGGAUUAGAUGACAAUUCCAGUGAUAUACCAAUCCUUUUCGACUUUGAAGAGGAUAUUAAGAGACCCCAGAAAUGCAAUGAGGAACAGGAGUCGAUGCCUCGAUGGAUGAUCUCUUCCUUUCAAGAUCAGACUCAUGAAAGAGGGUUUGAAAGGGCAACCCAAGAGAUUACUGGUUGCAGUGGGAUUCAGGGCCAAGCUGAGAGUUCUGCUUCUGUUAAUAGCAGUCCACGGUGCUUUCGCUGCAAUACUCCCGAUCAACAUGUCCUCCUUGCUUACAGAGAUACACAAGAACUAGACAAGGCUCUAAGAUUUGUCUAUGAGGAGAAUGAAUCAGUAGAAUCUGUUCCUGGAUAUCCUGGGUCUGCAUGUAAUGAUUAUUACCUAUUCAACAUUGCAACAACUGUAAAGAGAAUCUAUGAUCGACAGCAGCAACAGAUCUCUCGACAGCAACAAGAGAUCUUUCAACAAUAUCAAGAAAUCUUUCAACAACAACAACAUAUCUUUCAUAUGAAUGAGAUCAUCACAACUUUAUAUGAAAGGGUUUCACAACUUGAGAGAAGGCAAGAAGUGUCAAAUGGUAAAAGGAAAAGAUGAUCCAGUGCUUAUUUUCUUCUAGUGUGCAUAUGAAAAUUGGGAAUGAUUUUCAGGAGAUAGGUUUAUGAUAAAUGUUGAGCUAAAGGCCUUGGUAGUGAUCAUUGUUCAAUAGUUUCUGGACAUGUACUCUGUUAAAACAUGGUAUGACUAAUGUUUCUGUUAGACUGCCAGCUACUGCGAGGAAAUGGAUACUGCAAAUCUCAACUAGAGGCAUUUUCUGUCUGGAGAAGCCAGAAUGUUGAAAUGGUAUAGUAUUCCUCUACCCAUGAUUUAGAAGUAGUAAAAAGAUUGUUUUAGGCUGUGAUCUUCCGUGGUAGAGAGAGUCUACUAGCUUAUUUGAGAGGCUGCAAAGGUAGCUAGACAUUUUAAGCCCCUGAAGAUGAGUGUCAUCAUGUUGCAAAUGAUAUUGAUAUUUUAAGCCUGUGUUGCCUGGCCGCUUGUGCACCUAGUUGUAUCUAAUGUGUAAGGCAGUAUUUAAAGUAUAUCACACUAUUCCACCCUCUUGUAUUUGCAGGCUUAAUAUUUUCAGAAUUAAGUCGUGGAAUAGAAAGAAAAGCACCCUUUCCAGGUUCAACCUAACUGUGCUUAGACUACAAUGUGGCUUACAGUUUAUGAGAUCACCUAUAAACCAUGUCACCAUCCUUGAAUGCAAAAUAAAAAAAAUUAUAAAAUUAUGAAGUAAAGGAGGUUGAUUUAGAUGU